GAAUUUGCUAAUCCAGACUCCGGGUAUAUAGAGAGCGUUGAGAUCGAACAUUGUCAAUCAAAGCUGUACUUCGCCAUUUUUCGCAGACAUGAAAGAGACCGAGAAGGUGGUGCCGGAGGCGGAGGAGCUGCCCAAGGCUAUAGUGCGCCGGGUGGUGAAAGACGAGCUCUCACGGUGCUCCGACGGAGACAUUUCCAUUCACAAAGAUGCCCUUCUCGCUUUCUCGGAAAGUGCGCGCAUCUUUAUCCACUACCUUUCCGCAACGGCCAACGACAUUUGCAAGGAAGCAAGGAGGCAGAUAAUAAACGCCGAUGAUGUAUUUAAAGCUCUUGAAGAGACGGAGUAUUCCGAGUUUGUCCAACCCCUAAAGGCUUCUCUCGAAGAGUUUAGGAGGAAGAAUGCGGGAAAGAAAGCGGGUGCGUCAAAGGAAAAGGAAGAGAAAAAGAAAAGGAAGUUAGAAGAUGAGUCAUCUGAGAAAGACGAGGGUGGUGACAACAAAUGAGAAUUUAGGGGAGUAUCGAAGAGAAGCUGCAAUUGUCAUGACUGCGUCUGUUAUUUAAGGUUUAAAAUUUGGAUUUCAUAUACGAAAAAUUGUCGCAUUUUAUGCUAAGCCCGUGCUUUACGGGUACACCCCUCGGCAUGGAAGCAGCUUCUCUCCUUUCUUCUCCACUAUUUCGAAGCAAGCUUUUUGUCCGGAAAAAAUCUGGGAGGAUUCCAUUCCUUUCACAGAAGUUUGUCGCUUAAAA